CACGAUUUCCAGUCUUCCAAAAUGUCUCACACAGAAAAGAUUCUAUCAUUAAUUUAUUUCUACUUCCUCCUACCUGUCUUCACCUUGUACGCGUACAUCGUCAAAAAUCCCAAAACUCAGAAAUAUUUCGAAUCCAAUGGACUCCUUUAUCUCGGCGACAUCUCUUCCGGCUACGCCACCGAUUUUCUUAACGGGAUUGGAACCACGGAGAUCUGGACGAAGUUGUAUAAUCGAGUAAAACAGGAGAAGGCUGACUUCGCCGGGGGUGACUUUAUUGGACACAACUUCAUCAUAGCGAGGAAACCAUCCUUCAUAAAGUCAGUUUUGGUAAAGGACGCCUCCAAUUUUGACAGGGUUCAUUCAUUGCUCAGCUUAAAAGGGGAUUACAUCGUGUCGAAAUCGAUGGUCUUCAUGCAAGGCGAGGAUUGGAAGAAGACCCGGGCAAAAUUUGAGAGUGCCUUCACACCGAGUAAAGUCAAGCGGAGUUUUGACCAGGCUAAUCAACUAGGAAAGAAUUUGGUGGCAUAUUUGAACCGAGAGUUGGAUAACGAUUCAGAAAAGGGGAUCGAUUUCAGAAUUGCCGCUCAUAAAUUUUCUCUUGAUUCGGCGGGAUCCUCAACGCUGAGCUUGGACACGGCAUCCCUUCAAACGCGCGAACCGUCUCGAUUUGAACAAAUCUCAGCCAAAUUUUUUCUUUCAUUUGAUAACUUCACAAAUUGGUGGAAACCCGGCUUAAUUCAAUUGUUUCCCCGAAUUGCGACGUAUUUUAAGAUUACAGUAAUUGAUAAGGAAAUUGUUCAAUUUUACGGGCACAUUGCGAAGGAAAAUAUGAAAAAUUCUGGAGGAGAUAAAAAUUCGAAUGAUUUCGGUGGUCUCGUCCACUCCACGUGGCAGGAGCUGUACUGGGGUCACGUGGAUCGGCCAGAUCAAGAAGAGUGGAUCACGGCCAAUUUGUUUGGCAUGCUUUUGCCCGGCUACAAAACGACGCAGACGCUGAUGGCGAUGGGCGCGUAUGUUUUGGCGAUACAUCAAGACGUCCAAGACAAGUUAAGGGACGAGAUAAGCGCUAUGAUCGAGUCUAACGGGGAGGAAUUCAAUUUUGCAGCAGUUAAUGGAAUGACCUAUAUCGACAUGGUGAUAAACGAAACUUUGAGAAUGUACUCGCCCGUGGGAUUGUUAGCGCGCACGUGCAAAAAGGAAUACGCCGUCCCGGACACUACGCUUGUCUUAAAAGCCGGAGAUAUCAUUGUCAUUCCGCUCUACGGUUUACACUAUGACGAAGAAUACCAUCCAAAUCCGGAAGUUUUCGAUCCGGAAAGAUUUUCCGGGGCAAAUAAGGACUUUACGUUUCUUCCGUUUAGUCAAGGACCAAGGAAUUGUAUUGGAAUCCGAAUGGCCAUGGUGCAAACAAAAAUGAUGUUGUGUCAUGUUCUCAGAAACUUUAAGCUCACCCCAUCUCCAGAAACUCACAAUCCCAUGAAGUUCAUUAAAUCUGCAUUUCCAGUCAUGGAUUCGGAAGAGGUGGUCGUGUGCUGCGCUAAAAUUGAGUGAACAGUUACUUACGAUUGUAUUGAAGGUCCAAGAAACAGAAAAUGUGUGCAAAAACAUUAUGUCAAUAUGUUACUAGAUAAUUUCAAAAAGUAAAUAAAUGCAGAUAAUUGAAGAUAAUUUUACCAUCAUGACAUACUACAACAAAAAGGUUGCUAGAAACAAUUGGAUUUAUUAAACGGUGUGAUUUAAAAUUUCAAAUGAAAAUGUUUGUCUAAAUUUAUGGAAAUCGAGUUCAGUAAAAUUUAUCAUUUUGAGACUCUUAAGUAUUCACGACGUGGAUUUUGAGGGCAAUAAAAAAAAUUAACCAGA